UGGCUUGGCGCCAGGUGUCUGGAUGGUUGUCAUCGUUUAGUGCGUGGUCUGAAAAACGACAACAAAAAUGGAUAAAUGUGUGACUUCUUUCAUCUAAAUUAGUUUCAUUAAGUUAAAUAAGCGACUGCGCAAUCAACUAUUACCAUUGAAAUUGUGUUGUUUUAAAAUGGGUCUCGACUUUGACAUCCGUGAAUUCCUUAAUCACAUCCGAGCAACUAAGCCGCCAUACGAAUGCCCCGCGAAAGACUGUGGUAAAAUCUACAAAAGUUUCGCGGGCAUUCAAUUCCAUUUAUUCAAUUACAAUCAUGAAAACCCUGGUAGCUCGUUGCCUUCAACAGAAUCACCUCAGCAGGCUUUGAGUUAUGCCGAAGCACAAAAAAUUGUUGAACUUGAAAUUGAUAGCAAGCUUCAAAGGAUAAACAUUUUUGAUGCCAUAAAUUUUGUGGACAAAGAGGACUAUGAGAAUGAAGUUCCUGUAAAAAAUGAAGAGACCCAAAUUCAGGAUUUCCCCAAAACACCAACCAAUAAAAUUCACACACCAAAACAUCUUCAGAAGAAAACUCCAAAGCCUGUUGAACCAGUGGUACGCAAAGAGGAAAAGGUUUCUCCUCCAAAACUUCCAGAGGCAUCUUUUUCAAUUAUUGAAUCGUGGAGCCAGCCAGAUGCCCCAGAACGCCCAAAAUCUUAUUAUCGUUUUAUUGAAAAAUCACCUGAUGAAAUGGAAGAUGAAAUUGAAUUUGAUAUGGAUGAAGAUGAUUUUACGUGGUUGGAGUUAAUCAAUAAACAGAGAAGAUUUGAAAAUCUUUCAGAAGUAAACCCAGAAUCAUUUGAGUUGCUCAUGGAUCGUCUGGAAAAAGAAUCUUACUUUCAGAUGCAAAGUUCUGGGAAAGAUCAAGGUCCACCGAUCGACGAAGACGCUGAAUGUUGCAUAUGCAUGGACGGUGAAUGCCAAAACAGUAACGUGAUCCUCUUCUGUGAUAUGUGCAACCUUGCUGUCCAUCAAGAAUGCUAUGGGGUACCAUACAUUCCCGAAGGCCAAUGGUUGUGUCGAAGAUGUUUGCAGUCGCCUUCACGAGCAGUUGACUGCGCUCUGUGUCCAAAUCGAGGCGGUGCUUUCAAACAAACGGACGAUAACCGAUGGGCUCACGUUGUCUGUGCUUUGUGGAUACCAGAAGUCUGCUUUGCUAACACAGUCUUUCUCGAACCCAUCGACAGCAUUCAGAACAUUCCUGCCGCUCGAUGGAAAUUGACUUGUUACAUAUGUAAGCAACGAGGAGCAGGCGCAUGUAUUCAAUGCCACAGAGCCAACUGCUAUACUGCUUUCCAUGUCACUUGCGCGCAACAAGCUGGGUUACAUAUGAAAAUUGAUACGGCUAAAGAUUCUCCGAGCACUGGCCCCAAUAUCAGCAUUCGUAAAGCGGCUUACUGCGACGCCCAUACUCCUGCCGAUUCCGAUUCAAAACCAUUAGUCGGUGAUCAUGGAAUAGGCGAAGCUAUCCGUAAAGCGCAGUCGAAAGCCGCUUUCCGCGAAAAAAUGCGUAAGGCUCGUAAAAUCUUGGCUGAAAAACGCUCCGCUGCACCUAUCAUUUCCAUCCCUACCAUACCUCCGGAACGCGUCCAGGAAAUCGCUUCUGCCGUACCACAAAUUCAAGGGAAAAUCAGGUUUAUUCAGCGUUUGAUCGCCUACUGGACUCUGAAGCGGCAAUCCAGGAAUGGAGUGCCUCUGCUACGUCGUCUGCAAACCAGCCAUCCUUCCCGAAGACCAGCCUCAUCGGCGGCAACGGGGUCCGCCUCCGGGUCAGGAUUGGGCAAUGAUCCUCUUAUUCAGCAUGAUGAUCUUUUGGGGCAAUUGCGUUAUUUUCAGCGACUUCGACAGGAUUUGGAACGAGCUCGGCUUUUAUGCGAGUUGAUUCGCAAAAGAGAAAAGACAAAGAGGGAGCUGAUGCGGAUCAAAGAAAAAGAACUGGAACUUCAAAUUUACCCAUUGCAGUACCUAAUGCGACGAGUGUUACAGACUCUCAAGGAGCGUGACACGAAUGAUAUUUUCGCUGACCCCGUUGAUAUCAGCCAAGUUCCAGAUUAUCUCGAUUUCAUCCAACAGCCCAUGGAUUUCUCUACGAUGCAAAGCAAGUUAGACGCCGGCCAGUAUCCAACGCUUGAAGCGUUUGAAAAAGAUUUCAACCUGAUGAUUCACAAUUGCACUGUCUAUAAUGCCCAACACACUAUGUAUUACAAACAGGCGAUCAAGCUCAAAGAAGGUGCUCAAGUGCUUUUCAAACAAUUGCGAAGAGAUUUGGAAACCUUAGUUAUUAGCAAUAGCAGCAGCGAUACUACCAAUAAUAUUAUCCAGCCACAGCAAUCGUUAGAAAUAAGCCAACCCGAAAUCAAAGUGGAAGAAAUUGACAAGUACGUCUCUGAAAAGUACCGCGAAAGUGAUACACUGGAACAACAGCUUUCAAAGCUUGAAGAUUUCUUGCGCAAAGCUCAGCAAAUGCCAUCGGGACCACUCAAAGUGAAGCGGAUCCGGAUAUUGAGAAACGAACUGGCCAAAGUUCGUAGGAAAUUAUCCUUGCAAGCUGGUGGUAGAGCGGCAGCUACCCGGAGCAGCAGUACCAGUCCUUCAAAAUCACGACCUGAAAAUGAAACACGUGGUGAAGCAAGCAGUGACUCGGAUUCAAGUAGCAAUAGUAGCAGCGAGAGUAGCAGCAGCAGUAGCAGUACUACUAGCAAAAGCAGUAGCGAUUCCAGCAUUGCUGGCCCUCAAGUGAAGGCUUCCCCACGAGCCGUAAUCGCUGCCCGCCAACUCAAGAUAGAUCACUUUAUCACCCGAGCAUCCAAGACCGAUUCGGAUGAAAAGAAUACGCCAUCUGUUACGAACAAGAAUCGUUUGGUAGCCAAAGUCAUGAAAAGGAAUAUCACUCCAGUGUCCGCACCUGUAGCAUCCACUCCGGUUGCCGUUACGGUAGUUCCAGCAGCAGCAACAGCAGCAGCAGCAACGCCAGUAACACCGGAAUUAGAGACCAUUGCUGCCCCAGUGCCAGUUACUCCCGUCAAGGUUAAUUCCGUGAAUCCCCAACAGCUGACCGGUUCUCCGUCAGGUGUUAAUAGACGGACCGCUGUACUUUUCACGAAGAAAGCGGCGGCUGCAGCGGCUUUUAAGAAACCAGAGCCGUCCGGGAGUAGCUCUCCACCUCGACGGCCGGUUGGCAGACCCCGAAAAGUUUCAGAAAAUAGUUCCAGCCAACCAGGACCGAGUGGCAGUAGCUUAAGUGUGUCGACUAAUCUUUUUGUGGCCGCUGCAGCUGCCACGACAGAUCUAAACAAAAGGAAGAAACAGAAGCAUCCGGAGAGUGACAAGCUAUUCGCUUCAGUUCAGCAGCCUGGAGCUAUUCACCUUCCAAAUAUCGAAAGUGAAAGCUUUAAAGUAUAUCGAACGAACAGGUUGGAUGACGAAGAGGAUUCGCAUCGAGGAUCUAGUGAAUCAUCCGGGAGUGAAGGAAGUAGCAGUGGAAGCAGCACCAGUAGCGAUUCCGAUUCCGGUGAUGAGUCUGAUCACCAAUCAAGUGAUGAAAGUUCGUCCUCUCCGCCCCGACAUCGUCACAAUUCUGCCUCCCUCUUGCCUUGUAAUUUAAUUCCAUUGCAGCCUCUCGAUCUCGUUUGGGCCAAAUGUCGUGGCUAUCCUUGGUAUCCAGCUCUGAUUGUCGACCCAUCCUGGCCCAGGAGUGGCUAUGUGCACAAUGGAGUUCCGAUCGCAAUUCCGCCUGAUGAUGUUCUCAUAAUGGGAACCGGUAUCCAACCUCCAGCCUUUCUAGUUCUCUUCUUCGAUGCCAAACGGACAUGGCAGUGGUUACCAAGAGAUAAACUGGAACCACUAGGAGUGGAUCCUGAUCGCGACAAAGCAAAAUUGAUUGAAUCUAAGAAGCAAACAGAACGCAAAGCUGUUAAAAAAGCUUUUGAAGAAGCAAUUUUGCACCAGUGCAGAGUUGCUGGGCAAAGUAGCGCCCUCUCCGAAGAUUCCGAUUCGAGUCACUGAAAGUUAAUUUCCCAUUUUAAACCUCAUAUUCUUGUUUCGAUUUCCCAUCGCGCUUGCUUAAUUCAUAGUGAAUAUUCAGACGUACUACGUGUUCUCAUUGAUGCAAACUCAUUUUUAAGUAAAACAAAACAAAAAUGAAACAGA